AUGAGGAAAGCAGAGCUUGUGUUCAUCCCUCUAGCAGGCGCAGGCCACUUGGUUCCUGAAGUUGAGUUUGCAAAGCGAUUGUUAAAGCGAGAUGAUGGACGUUUCUCCGUGACUGUUCUUCUCAUGGAUUCUAUUUUUAUUAGAAAUGUUGUUACACAUACGUUAUAUAAAUCACUUGCAGAAUUUAAUACUCCAAUAAGGUUCAUCAAUCUUCCUCCUCCUGUAGACUUUUCUCCUUCAAAAGAUGCUCAUAGAUCUAUAGAAAAGUAUAUGGUUGAGUUCGUAGAUUCUCAUAAAACUUGUGUUAAAGAAGCGAUUGUCAAGCAUGUUUGUUUUGGAGUAGUCCUUGUUGAGCUUUUAACCGGUCAAAAACCGAUAUCUUUGACAAGAUCAAAAGAAGGUAGAAGUUUGUCAACAUAUUUCCUUCACUUUUUAGAGGAGAAACAUUUGUUUGAUAUUCUCGAUGCUCAAGUAGUAAAGCAGGGAAAGAGAGAAGAGAUCAUGGCUGUUGCUAACAUCGCAAAAAGGCGUUUAAGCAUAAGUGGGAAGAACAGACCCUCAAUGAAAGAAGUUGCCAUGGAGUUAGAGGCAAUCCGAGCUUCAAGAAAAGAUAGUGAUGAUCAACAACAUUAUCACAUGAGAACCGUAGUAAUUGAGCCUUGGGAUGCUGUUCCUGCUUCAACAAGUUCUACAUUUGACAAUACUGCAUCAUCUCCAGACAUCCUACCACUGCUAAGUAAGAAAUCAUCAUGA